CACUUUUAUUUACAUUUCCAAUAAUAACCUCGGAAAUGCAACUUCAGAACAAUUCGCGAAACCAGCGUAAGUGUUAUAACGAGCAGACCCACAGAAAAUCUUCGCAGUGUUUCAGGUUUCAAGGGAAAUUUAGGAAUGUAAAUUCUUACGCGGUGAGGUUGGUAAACCGCAUUUGAGUCAAACUUUACAACACAGUAAAUAACUUCUGUUUUAUCGCAUUUUACAUCCGCUGACGACGCUACUGUCAAUGAAAUGAUUCGAGUUUCCAGUUGUGUAUCGACGUUGUUUUCUGGAGAACAAACAAAGUUCUUGUGGCCGUUAUUGUGUUCACCCUACAGGAUGUCAAUCAGCGAAACAAGUGCAUUGUUAUAUUCCCCUGGGAGACAUCGGCAGCUGUUCACGAUACUCGACCUCACUCAAUAGCGCACCACACGCGCGCUGUGAUUGGUCGGUUGCUUCGUUGUGUCGAUAGCCGGUAAAUUGGUAUUAUGACGCAAACCAUUGAUAACUUAAUGACGUCUCUAUGACAGGCGGAGACCACUGACAAUGCUUUGCGCGCUGGCUUUCAGGCUUGGCAGCUGUUGAAUCUGUGUCCGGUAGAUGCUCCUGCUUCAGUCUACGCUAGCUUUAAACCUUUGAUAAUCUUCACACGUCCCCCAAAACAGCCUUUUUUUACGCCUGAAGUAUCGACCAUCAUCUAGCGAGUACGGCAGCGUCCAGAUCUCGUGAUUCGUCGCGUGAAUUUACACGGUCUCUUCAUCGUGCUGGUCAUGUCAAACCACAGCGCAUUGAGUUCCUCAUCUGAUGGCGAGAGGAGAACCCCUCAGGAUAACUGUGACGGCAAGCGAGCCGCUCGCGGCCGGGGUGCCAGCCCCCGGCCCCUGAAAUCAGCUUCAACAUCUGCUAAGAGAAUUCAGCGAGAACUGGCCGAGAUCGCUUUGGAUCCUCCACCAAAUUGCAGCGCUGGACCCAAAGGUGACAAUCUUUACGAAUGGAACUCGACAAUCCUUGGUCCUCCGAAAUCAGUGUACGAAGGAGGAGUCUUUUUCCUUGAUAUCCAUUUUCCAACGGAUUAUCCUUUUAAACCCCCAAAGGUAUCUUUCCGCACCAGAAUAUACCACUGUAACAUCAACAGUCAGGGCGUGGUCUGUUUGGACAUUCUUAAAGACAGUUGGAGUCCAGCUCUUACCAUUUCCAAAGUUCUCCUCUCCGUUUGUUCACUUCUCACUGACUGUAAUCCAGCCGAUCCUUUGGUUGGUAGCAUCGCAACACAGUAUGUCAAUGACAGAGAAGAGCACGAUAGAAUAGCCAGGGAGUGGACAAAAAGAUACGCCACAUGACAACAGAACAACGCCACAGAAAUCUAGCAUUCAUCGUCAUCAUCAUUAUCAUUAUUAUAACAUCAUAGUACAUUCGCAUGUUGCUUACAGAUCCCAUCACCAUGGUGACUAAUCUUGUAUCCAGACUCCACCCAUUGGCGUUGACCGUGGGAGAUAUGGGUACGAAAUUAUAAAAGAGCAGCCUAAAUGAAAUGAAAUUACAAUAUUUAUAUAUUUUUGCGUUAUUUUUGCUUUAAGUAAUCUCUGUGAACGGGAUUCUGCCUCUUGGUUUCGCGAGAAUCGAUUCAAAUGUCAAUGGUUGGUACAAAACGUUCGCCGAAAACUAAAGAAGUUUCAUUAAUUAAGCUUAUAUAGAAAUGUCGUCAGUUUACUGAAACUGUUUCUGCCUCUUCUAGAUAAAAUUAUAUUUUCGUAGGUCAAGAACAAAGUUUAAUUUCUUCGCUACAAAACCACGGCUUAAAUGAAUCUUGAGAUACCAUAUUUCUUUCCAUUUUCUUUCCUAUGAAAAAGGCAACCCUGUCCCCAGAGCCUUCUCGUCGACGAUUUUUACGAAGACCCUGGGAACGAGGUUGAUUAGUUAGAUAUCAAUCUUUUUGUCUUGUAUUUUGAGUACGAUUACUGAGAAAAUAUAUGUAUAUAAUUUGUUACGAAAUAUAUUAAGGGGCUCUGUCACGAUAUCUAAAGGGGUUUUUUUUUUUCUUAACAAAAAAAACUUUACCGGGACGAGUGAGACAGGAUACGAGAAUCACGUAUUCCGUUGCGUAAAUUUGUCACGAGGCACUCGUUUAUAUCUUCUUGAGGUACUCGUGCAACUUUUCUAAACUAAAAGUUACUGAAAUCAUGGUAAACUGUAGUUGUGUUAGAUAUAUUAGCAGAGAACUCUCUACUACCAAUUCGAGAGAGGCUGGGCACGACCCAAGCGUACAAGGUUGUCUGGGACAGUUUGGGUAGAUAAAAAGAUGGCGUCUGUUGACACAUUUGUUAUGUUCUAAGAUAAAUACCGAACUGGCUGAGCCAACGAACUGUCGUGUUCUCAAUUGUAUGGAGACUUUGGAGAAAAAAAAAGAGAGCCACAGCAUUUUCAGAUUCAGUUAAGAGGACGAGCUUCAGUUUGGAGGCCGUAAUUAUAACACGAACUUUUGA